AUGGAUGUUGUGGCACUUCAGGAGACCCGAUGGCCCCUGGCAGGGAGAAUUAACACCAAAGAUUAUUUAAUUUAUUAUAGUGGCUGUGAAGAUGACAGAUACCACGGUGGUGUGGGUGUUGCUGUAAACAAGAGAAUUUCGGAGGCUGUGAUACAUUAUGAAGCAAUUAAUAAUAGGUUGUGCAAUAUUAGGUUAAGGGGAAAAUUUAGUAACAUAUCUCUAGUCAGCUUUUACGCGCCAACUGAAGAUGCAGAAGAGGAAGAAAAAGAUAACUUCUAUGGUCUUCUGGACGAACUGGUGGGUAGGUUACCAAGUUUCGAUAUGAAGAUUAUUUUAGGGGACGCAAAUGCCAAAGUAGGAAGAGAAGAAGUCUGGAGACCUGCUAUUGGAAAAGAGAGCCUGCACCAAGAACCAAACGACAAUGGAACCAGACUGGCAAGUUUUGCAAUUGCAAAUGAAUAUAAAAUAGUUAGCACGAUGUUCCCAAGAAAAGAUAUACACAAAUAUACAUGGACAUCACCUGGUGGAACAACAAAAAACCAAAUUGACCACGUGAUCACAGACCAAAGGCACAAAAGUAGUAUAACUGAUGUUCGAAGCAUCAGGGGAGCGGAAUGUGGAACUGACCACUCAUUAGUUUUAGUCAAAGUGUGUCAGCGAAUAGCAAUCCAGAGAAGAAAGGAAGUAAGGCAAGAAAGAAGAAUAGAAGUGGGUAGACUUGAGCUUAAGAAUAUUGCUGAUGAAUUCAAACUGAAACUGGAGAAUAGAUUUAAGGCCCUGGAAGACAUGGAGAACAAUGAAACGGUAGAUGCCAAAUGGUCUAAUUUUAAGGAAGUAGUUCUGAACACAGCAGAAGAGGUAUGUGGUAGUAGAAAGAAGAGAAACAAAAAACCAUGGUUUGAUCAGGAAUGCGAGCAAGCUCUGAAAGACCGAGUUAAAAGGAAAAUAACGUGGAUGAAUAGUAACAGGGUAGAGGAUAGAGAAAGCUAUAAUGAAGCAAAUAGGGAGGCAAACAAGUUGCUGAGGCGGAAAAAAAGACUGUAUCUGAAUAGAUUGCUUGACAAGGCUGAAGAAGAUAAUACAGCAAAUAACGCAAAGGACUUCUACAGGAAAAUAAGAUUCUUCAAAAGAGGUUUUAUCCCAUACCCAUAUGGGGUAAAAAACAGAAAUGGAGAGUUGGUGACAGAAAAACCACCAACCAUAGAAGAAGUAAAGGAUGCAGUCAAAGCGCUAAAGACCAACAAAGCUCCUGGGAAGGAUGAAAUAACAGCAGAAUUCUUGAAGAAAGGAGGAGAAAUAAUAGUGGAAAAUCUAUGGAAACUAAUACUUCGUAUUUGGGAGAAAGAAGAAAUGCCAGCUGAAUGGCAAGAAGCAAUAAUAAUACCUAUACACAAGAAGGGUGAAAAAGAAGAGUGUGAGGGCGCUACUGACGCCGGUUAUCAAAGGUCGGGGGAAGUCGCUCAAAAGACGAGCGCAGUUGUUCCGGUGGCUCCGUGGCUGUAUGGGGAUCAACUCAAGAUACAGUGUGAUAAAUUCAAAUUAGCUAGUGGGACGGUCCGGCAGAUGAGGGCUGCGCUAUCGGAUUUUGUAAAAUCACAAAAGAAAAUUGAUUCGGAGUGGGUUCCGUCUAGUAGCCGAAUCAAUGACGGUAUGGGACUUAACUUAAUAUCUGGAAACAAUUUCGAAGAGGAACGGUCUGAUGUUACCAAAUUAGAUAAUAAUCAAACUAACAUCGAGGCGCGUUGGGCCCAGGCUUUUGAAAACCUUAAAAUUGCUCAUCAAAAGAUAGCCUCAAGGUACAAUAUCAACAGGAAACCUGCUGCCUUCAAGGUUGGUGACACG